AAGAAGUGGAUAAUUAUAAAUCUGACUCAAAUCAAAAGCCAAUUUGCAGUGUCAUUGAAGGAAAAGAAAGAAAAUUCAAGAAUGAAGGGUAAAUUGUUGAUCAAUUUUGCACUAAUAAUUUGCUUCUUCUGUUGUAGCUCAGGCAGAGUGAUUGAGUCUCCACACUAUAAAGUGAUUCAUGUAGAAUCAGAUUUUGAGAUCAGACAAUACAAACAAAUUUCAUGGAUGUCUGCUCUGGUCCAAGGAACAGCCUCCUUUGAAAAAUCCACCCAACAAGGCUUUCACAGAUUGUAUCAGUACAUUCAUGGUGCUAACAGCAAUUCUUCUCACUUGCUAAUUACUUCUCCUGUUACAACCACCGUUAUCGCAUCGGCGCAUGAACCCGAGCAUUUGAUUAGGUAUUAUCUGCCCAUUGUGAAUGCCGAGAAGCCGCCGCUGCCCAAUUCUGAACUGAAUGUUCAGUUUGAGAAGUGGAGAAGCAAUUGCUUGGCAGUCAGGAGGUUUCCUGGAUUUGCUAAAGAUGAUAACAUCAACAAAGAAAUUGAUGCUCUAAAGUACAGCUUGAGCAAGUACCUACCUGAGAGUGCAGCUAUUUCAGAAUACACCAUUGCUCAGUAUAAUUCUUCACGUCGCUUGUCGGGGCGUUUGAACGAAGUCUGGCUUGAUGUUUCGGGUUUUACUGCUGAGGGAUGUCAACCCCUGUAAGGAGUUGCUUGAGUUGGUUUCAGUACUGUUGCAGGCUGUGUGGAUUGGUAUUAUAUAUCUCUCAAUAAAAUGUAAUGCCCUUCUGAGUUACAAAACUAAAUAAUGCCUUUUGAUCUGCAAUACUAAAUAAGAAGCCAUAUUGUAGCACUGUUCUUGAAGUUUUUUUUGCUAAUAUCUUAGAGUUGGAUAAUGGAUAUCUUUCAGAAAUGCACAAUAUGAAAUAGACUAAGCCACUUAAUCAUGUCCAAAUUCUUUAAUUUUUUUUUGAUCUUCAUAAUAUAUGUUCUCAAGAUAGAAUCGUAAAGUUCUCAG